AUGGUCAUGAUGUAUGGUGGUUCAAAUGUCCUUUCACCGGACUCUGCCCAUGGAAUAUUGAGUGUGAUUGUCAAUAGUGUCUUGACGAUGAAGUUGAAUGGGAUGAACAUCGUACAAUAUCUUCGAACAAAGCCAAAUCAAAGAAAAAGAAGAAAGGGAGAAACUCUGAGAGAGAGUUCCAGGAAAGAUCAAGAAGUUCCUAACCUCUAUGUGGCCCGGCAAAAAAAUGGCAUAGAGGAAGAGGAUAUCCUAGGAUCUGGUACGAAAGAUUCAUAUGAUAGUGAUCCUACGGAUGAAUCGUACAGUGAGCCAAAUGAGGAUUCCUCACUAGACUCUUCUGAAGAAGACAAUCCACCAAUAUUCAUGAAUCAACCAAGAGAACUUGAAAUUUCUGAAGUCGAUGAUGAUUGUGAAAGAAUGACAGAUGAGCCAAUUCCAGAAAGGAGACCAGAACCAACAACACCAAAACAUUUUGGAACUAGAUUCCAUACCUUCACUCUGGAUGACAUCAAUGUUUCAAAAUGGACUCAAAGGAUCUAA